GCUCACGAGGCGGCGGGUCGCUGCAGACCCCUCUCCAAGGAGGGAAACCGUCGGCUGUUGAACCGCUGGGGCCCGGCUGCGAGAGCGAGGACGGUUUUGUUCUUCAACGGGUCCGUUUUGCUUUGCCGGCUGAGAUCCAGCUAUGUACGACCUCUGUGGAUGCGGACGAGGCUUCAUCCCUGAACUCGAUUCGCCUUCAGCUUUCGCAAAGUGAUCUGCUGAGGCACCUCAGACCUUCUGGAGGAGAGGUAAAAAAACCUGAGGCAAAGGUUCCUCGCCUUAAAAAAUGGAUGACACAACUCUCGCUAACGUGUGGCCUAACACGACCAACGCCAGUUUGGAGUGUGUCCUUCAAGCUGAAUUCCAGUAUUCCCUCUUCACCAUCGUCUACAGCACCGUCUUUGUCCUGGGCCUGCUUGAAAACGGGGCGGUCUUGUACCUCCUCACCUGCAGAGUCGCAAACCCGCCUCGCUCUUACAUCUACCUGGUCAACUUAGCUGUGGUGGACACGGCCUUCGCGUGCGUCCUGCCGUUCAAGAUCCAUUACCACCUCAACCGCAACGACUGGAUCUUCGGUGACGCGGCCUGCCGGAUCACGGGGAGCGUGUACUUCCUCAACAUCUACCUCAGCAUCGCCUUCUUCACGUGCGUCUGCGUCGACCGGUACGUGGCGGUCUUGUACCCUUUCGCGUACAUCCGGAUCAAGAGCGUCCACUACGGGGUGGUGUCCGCGGCCCUCUGGGCGACCGCGCUGGCCAUCGCCGGCCCGCUGGUUUUCGGAGGAGCCCUCGAUUCCAAAGUGCGCAACAGCACCGUGUGCUUUGAGAAUUUUCAGGCCGCCACCUGGACCGGCCGUAUGAUGCCCUACAACGUCUGCGCGCUGGUGUUUGGCUUCGUGGUACCCUUCGCCGUUAUCUUGAUCAGCUACCCGUUGAUCGCCCGCCGCAUCUCCCGUAUCCCCCGCAGCGCCCGCAAGAGGAAGGCGCUGGGUACCAUUUACCUCAUCCUCUUCAUCUGCGUCACCUGCUUCCUUCCGUACCACCUGACCCACCUGUUGCACUUCCUAAUGCGGGCCGGGCUCAUCCGGGACUGCCGCUUCGCCGCUUUCAUUUACCGGAUGCGCCGGGUGACCUUAGCGCUGAUCAGCUUCAACUGCUGCCUGAACCCUGUUUUGUACUACUUCAUCGCGGCCAGCAAACGCUGGCGUUGGCAGUUUCGGCUCCGGAGAAAUGCGACGAAGGUCUACACGGUCUGCGGUGCCCAAGACGGCAGGCAGCCGGACGCAAAGAGAAGCAUGCCUGAACCCAGGUGGGGGAAGAAAUGCAGCCGGGCUGCAGACGGGAUAAACCUGGUGAAACCCUGUACAGAAGGUCCUCUGACUUCCACUGCUGUUUGAAAUGGUCCAGGCUGUUCUAUACACGUAACUGGGGUACAUUUUAUGCAUCACAAAGCAACCAAAGCUUUUUUUGAGAGAGAGAGUGAGAGACGGACAGUGGGUUAUACGUAGUUGUAUAUGCUUCUGUUGGACUCUUCCCCCACCCCCACAGGGCAAACUGUCAUCUUGGCCCUGUGGGGAAGAAGAAAGACCGAGGGGACAGGAGCAGGCAGAAGAAACAUCGGGGCCUGCUCCAGUUGGACUCUUCCCCCACCCC